AUGCGGCAAACAAGCCUCCUGGGCCUUGUGGCCCUGCUGCUGUGCGGGCUGGCCACGGGGCUGCACUCGGCGGAAGAUACAUCGACAGAUGCUGCAGCGACGGCAGAUCGGGCACGAGCCAUGCAGAUGCUGCCGGCCAAACGCUUCUCCGCCAGUCAUCCCGCUGCGCUUCCUGAAGUGCUGAACAGCCACCUUCGUCGCCACGCCGCACGUUAUGGGCACGCGGUGCGCGCCUGCGAGGCCUGGUCGACCUCAGACCUCAACGCCGUACUCGCAGAGUUGGUGCAGCAAGGUUUGGCUGACGACGGCGCUCGCUCGCUUCUGGCCCUAUACGCACAACGAGGCGAGCCACGGCGCCUUCGCCUCUCCUCCCUGGCCGCCUACUCGGCCGCUUGGCAGCAGGAAGAGGAGCUCAUCGACCGUCUAGGCGCGGCUUCUCGCGAAGCCCAGCUCCUGCGUGCCGGUAAAUGCUACGAAGCCAGCAUGCUGUACAUCCAUGGCGCCUCCUCCAAGGUCAAGCAAGGGCUUAGCACGGCCUUCAACGUCCCGCUUCUACCCGAGGGGCCCCUGGCCACGUUGGUCACUGAUCACAUCUCGGCCAUGCGUUUGACCCCCACCGCCGACCCUGCCACAUCGAGCCCGAUUGACUCAAAUGUUCUCAACACGGUUCAGGACCAAGUUGUCUGCGUCCGUUGUCACGUCACGCCCAACGCCACCUUCUCGCCUCGUCAAUACGACGUGGUGGUCAACGGCUCGCACCCCCUCCUUCGCUCCCCCCAGGUGUUGCGCUCCGCGCAGGGCGUGCUCAACGCCACCCUCGACGUGGGCGUGGCUCGGCUCUCGGGUGGCCCCCUCGAAUUUAACGUGCGUGCCUACAAUGGUGGCACCCCUGGGCCCACGCUUUGGGUCCAGCCUGGUGACUCAAUACACGUGACACUCAACAAUCACCUGGAGGCGCCCGACGCUUGUCAGGCCGGCCCAUCGGGAGCCGGCCCAGACUCCAACUUUUAUCGCUGUCCCAACACCACCAACAUCCACUUGCACGGCCUCUGGGUCACCCCGCACGACGUCUUUCGCGGCAUCGGCCCAGGUGGUCGUCUCACUCAAACCUACAGUCUCACGACCGACCAUGCGCCAGGCACCAAUUGGUACCACCCCCAUUUUCACGGCUCCGUUUCCCUCCAACUUGCCAUGGGUAUGGCCGGUGCAGUCGUGGUGGAUGACCCCCCCAACAGUUUGCCCCCGGCUCUCGAGGCGCUUCGAAGCCGCGACCACGUCAUGCUUCUGCAAUCCAUCGAAUACUUCAACUACACGCAAGAUGACAUCAACUGCCCCUAUGAAGAUGGCCUCUCUCAUUGCCACAACAUGGAUGGCGCCGGCUCGCUCGCCACCCUGCGAGCCUUUAGCUCUGACGCCCUGCCGCUCAAUAUGGAGCGCCGCGACCCGGGUUACGGUUAUCCCAUUGAUGGCGUCUACUUUCUGCUCAAUGGCCAGUUUCAGCCCGUGGUUACCAUGCAACCCGGGGAAUAUCAGCGCUGGCGCCUUGUCAAUGGCGCCCAUCAGGCGAGUCUCUCCCUCAGCGUUCCAGGAUGCACCGUUUGGCUUUUGUCCAUGGACGGCGUGUACCUUAGCAGCCCCCGUCUCAAGAACACAUCUUACCCUCUUGUUCUUGCCCCCGGGGCGCGCGGUGACGUGGCCGUAUCCUGUGCAAUGCCGGGCCUCUUUGAGCUUCGGUCCAACGAGAAUCCAGACGUGUGGAACCUCGGUGCUCAGGAGGGCUUCAACACGGGUGUCAUCGCCCUUGUCAACGUUUCGGGACCUAACCUCAACAUGUCCGCGCCCACACGCUUGCCCUCCCGCCCAGCUUAUCUUCAAGAUCUUCGGCCUGCAUCGGUUCCCGCAGGCAACACGCGCAACGUGUCCUGGGAUCUCAUUCGCCUCAUCAACAACACAGCUGGUUUGACCGACGUGCCCAUUUACGGCGUUUCGCAGCAAGCUUUCAAUGCUUCAAACCCUUCACGAGACUGCAUCAACGCUCGCAGUGGCGUGCAAGAAUGGCAGCUUGUCAACCCAAUCUGGAUCUGCAAUGCCUCCGUCACAACGUGCCUGUCCACCAUGGACCGCAAUGCCGCUUCAGGGGCACUUUUACGGGACUACCAGGAGCCCGUUACGCUGUCGCACGGCUUUCACCUUCACACCUUUAAGUUUCAGGUGGCCAGCGAUAGCAACGGUGGAGUCAGCGCCGACUAUGAACUCGGUGACUGGCGAGACACGGUCACCACCCCACUCGCGGGGUGGGUCCGGAUCCGCUGGCAGCCCCAAACGUUUGAAGGUGUGAUUCCCUGGCACUGCCAUAUGUCGGUGCAUUCAGACCGCGGGAUGAUUGGAGCCUCUACGGUGGCAUCGCAAUGCCCCGCCGCACCAAAUGCCGUGUCCCGAGCACGAGCUGCCGCUCAGGCACGCGCGCGCCCUGCCAUGGCCCAUCUCGCCUCUGGUAAUUGGGAACCUCGCUUGGGUAAUUUCACUUGGAACGUCAGCACGCACAGCCCAGCCGCGCAAGCCCUCUUCAACGAGGCCACCAUGAUGGCAUUUGGUUUCGCCCGCGAUGCCGCCAGUGCCACCUACCUCCGUGCCUUGCAGGCCGAUCCUACUUGCGCCAUGUGUGCCUGGGGCGUGGCCUAUGCCAACGGACCCUUCUUGAAUCAUCCGGAAUGCAGCAACGCCACCUGUGGACUGGGCUUUGAGUAUGCAGAGCUAGCUGCGACGCUGGCUGCUAACCACAGCGUCACUGCCGCCGAAGCAAUGCUGAUCCGGGGCAUGCAACAGCGCUACAGCCAGGAUCCAAAGGCAAAUCAGACGGCCCACUUUAUGGCCUAUGCCCAAGCCCUCAACGCCACUGCGCUGGUCCACAGCGACCCCACACUUGCUGCCUUUGCAGCGGAGGCGUAUAUGCUUCUUCACUGCCAAGAUGACGGCUAUCAUUUCAACUUUCCCAACGGGACGCCUGUGCCAGACUUGGCCUGGGUAAUUGACCUGUUGGGGUCCUAUCUCUUCUACCCCAACACCAACGAUGUCCUGCCGGGCCCCCGACACCCGUUUGUGUCGCACCUGUACAUUCAUGCCGUCGAGCCAUCCGGUGCAGGCAUGGGUCCCAAUGCCGCGGGUCGUGCCUUCGGCGUGGCACAGCGCCUGAGCUCGGUGCUUCCCAACGUCACCAGUCUCUGGCAGCACCUGCAGCACAUGCCGGCGCACAUUUUCUUGCGCACGGGCUACUAUGGGUUGGGUGUAGCUGCCAACAUGAUUGCGCACGCUUCGGAUGCCACCUGGCUCAACCACAGCCUUGUCCCCUACGGUCCUGGACAUAACUUGAUUUUCCUCAUCUAUUGCGCCUGCAUGGAUGGCCAAUCAAGCACUGCUAUCCACUACGGCGAGGUGGUGCGCCAGGUGUACCAGGCUGCUCCAGAUCGCCCUGACGGACCCGGGGCAGAUCUGGCGUACAAUUGGCCGGCCACUACGUUUGUACGCUUUGGCAGUUGGGACGCCAUUCUGGCUGCUGACUGGUUUACCAUGCCACGCCCAUUUCCGUACCAGCAGGCUCUGGCGCACUACGCCAUCGGACUUGCGCAAGCCCACACGGGCAACGUGACUGGCGCACGCGCCUCGCUUCAAAACUUGCAGCGCGUCCAGGCUACUCUGACGGGACGAGCGGCCACGUAUUGCCGUGUUGCCAACUGGACGUUGGGCGCUGCAGUGGCGCGGGCCACGGGUCCCGCAGGUGUGCCCACCGCGUUGUCACUGCUCAGCACAGCCGUGGCUGAGCAGAUGGGCUGGCCAUAUGAUGAGCCUCCAGACUUUCAUCAACCCAUCCAGCAGUGUUUGGGACAGCUGCAGUUGGAGCUGGGCAACUAUUCGGCCGCCUACGACACGUUUCAGGCCAAUCUGGCCCACUAUCCCAACAACGGCUGGGCACUCUGGGGCUUGCUACAGGCAGUGCAACACCUCCCCUACGACCCCAGUCGUCCCAGCGCCGCAAGUAUUACAACCCGGCUGUCAGCGGCCUGGGAACGUGCCGAUGUUCCCCUAACCAGUGCCUGUGCGUUGAUCCACUUUCCAUAA